ACAGCCCUUCCACUGGGUUUGUUCCUGAUGGUUGUGGUACUGAGCUGUCCGGCGGCUGAUGGUGCCUCCGCCAGACGGCGAUGUCGCCCAAUCUCCCAGGCAGAGCUCAUCAGUAGGCUCGGUACGGCCUACAACCGCAGAUACAUGGCCACGUCAUUACCAGAGGCGCAAAGAAUGAGCAGCCUUCCAAGUCAGUACGACAUGCCGGAUACUUACGACGCACCGACCAGAAUGGACACCGUCCCUUCCCCACUGCUAAACCGCACGAUGCUUACCAGCCUGGUCACCGGUCGUAGGCGAAGACCAAGCAUCGGAACGAUAGGCAAGGUCCGCCGGCACACGGAGAACGAGCCUUUCGCCGAGUCGCACCCUUUACCUUGGGAGUGCAAGGAGCGGUCGGUAUGGCACGACCUUGGGCCCAACCACUUCCCGAGAUACCUGCGGUCCGUGGAGUGUGAACAACACAGUUGUUGGUACGGCCACUACACCUGCAAACCGCGCUCCUUUGUUGUCAAGAUCCUGGAGCAGAAAAGGAUGACCGGAGACUGCGCUUUCGAAGACCAGUGGCACAUGAAGGAACACCUGCUCACGUUUUGCUGCGACUGUGCGCGACCGUGAUUUUUUUAGUAAAAAGCACACCAUGCUUAUUGUGUAGCGUGUAGUUUGAAAGUUUAGGAUGGGUCAGCAGUUGGUUUCUUGAAAAAUGUGUGUUGUAGAUGAAAAGAAUCGAUGAGCAAACUGGCAAAAAUUGUUGCUACAUGUAGUAAGUACCUAAACUUUCUUCAAACAUAUAUAACAUACUAUCGUACGGAUUUUGACAUAUUUCAUGAAGCUAAAAUUUAGGACCGUAGACACAACUUCACUAUAUAACAGAAAUAUCAGGCUUGUAAAAUCAUGCCUACAUCUCCAUGUACGUGUAAUGUGACGGUAACCAACCCCAGGUGCGGAUGAGCUGCGCCAUUGUAAACCUGUUGCUAAACAUAGCGCUGUCUGAGAGCACAAUCGGUGAGCUUCUAUCACACCAGAAAGGUAGCGUUUGGCUGUGAUAAUAUUUUUGUAACUCCGUGUGGUUCCUGAGCGAUGUCUUGAUGUGAUCAAUGUAUACAUAAUCGGAAUGCAAGGAGAUAUAUAAAACAGUACCAUAGAAUAUACGUAUUGUAUAUGACGUCUGUUGUGUCUGAACAAAUAGAUACAAGUACGACACGAGUUAUAACCAGAUCUAGGUGUUCUUAAUUUCUUGUAAUGAAGAGACGCACACGAAAGGUGACAUGCUCCUAUAGAGUCCUAUUGCCAGGAUCGUUUGUGUAUAUCACACAACCAC